AUGUUGAAAGCACCAAGGACUAGAAAAAUCCGCAGGUUCAGACCAAAGCCACCGACACCGACACCGCCGCCACAAUCCCAAGCGUACCAAACAUUCGAAGCCCACCAGAGCUUUGAACUCGCCCACUCAUCCAUCGACCAUAGAGUGGCUGAUGACCUAGCACGGGCAGUUCGCGUGCUGUGCUGGGUGGCGACGCGCGCGAGCCGGCACCAGCCCCGCGCCGCGCACGCGCGCGCCACGUGGGGCCGCCGCUGCACCAGGCUGCUGUUUAUGAGCACUGAGAACAUUCAUCAAAAGUUAAAACAAAUAACUAAAACACCUACUUUCUCGACCAUUCCAGACAGCUGGCUGCCAGCUAUAAAGCUGAACGUGACGGACGGCCCGGACUACCUCUGGGGCAAGACGCGGGAGGCCUUCAUGUACGUGUACAAGCACCACUACCACGACGCAGACUGGUUCUUGAAGGCAGAGGACGACACGUACGUGAUAGUGGAGAACCUGCGCUUCAUGCUGUCCAGCUACAACUCCUCCGAGCCCCUGUACUUCGGACAGCGCAUGCGCCAGCCCGACACUCCACAGGGCUUCAUGAGCGGCGGCGCGGGCUACGUGCUCAGUAAGGGGGCGCUAAAGAAGUUCGCCCUAGAAGCGUACCCUUCGCCCGACCUAUGUAACCAGCAGCCAUUGGGCUUGGAGGACGUGGAAAUGGGCUACUGCCUAUCCAACGUGGGCGUGCGGGCCAUGGACUCGCGGGACUCGUACGGACGCGGCCGCUUCUUCACAUUCCCCGCGAUCGCCAACAUGUUCCCGAAUACCACGUACGGCGUCACUAGCAGCCCGUACUGGAAACACACCUAUUAUAAGGCUAAGGAGGGCAUCAACUGCUGUUCAGACUUCGCAAUCUCCUUCCACAAGGUAGACGCGAAAUGGCUCUACAUCCUCGAAUACUUCCUGUACCACCUACGACCCUACGGCAUCAACUACAUACACGACCCCUCAGAUCGAUAUUACUACAAUGAGCGACAUCUAACCGACCGCUACGGACUACUUAACACUAGUACACCCCUGUCAAAGAAGCUGGAGAAAGCCAAGACACGCAUGGUAUUUGAGAAUAGAGAUGAAGAUAGUAAGAACAAUGAAAAACUGGAUAGAAGUGCGUUUAGGAUUCAUAAGGCAAGGAAUAAGUUACAGAAGACGACUGUGAAAGCUAAGUCAGCCAAAACUGCAAAGCCGUUUAAAAUAAGGUAUCUUUGAAAUAACAGAAACCAUUGCUGUUACGUAACAAUGAUUUGAGUUCGCCCUUAACUAUAAAUAGGAAAUUAUGCAUUAAAAAUGUUUGAUUAUUUUAUAAAUGUUUUAUUUUAUUCACUAAAAGUGAACCUUCGUCCGCAUCGUCAAAACUGUUGGAUAACCGAAGAACAAAAAUAUUUUACCGGUUUUUUAUAGAUUAAAUUCAUAUUUUAUUCCUUCUCAUUCUUACAUAGAUCAAAAACAUAAAUCAUAAGUUCUUAUAACAACAUAAUAUUAAAAACAAUUGGAAGGGUUAAAGUUAAAGUAAGUACCUAAUUAUUAAAUUUGUAUAGUAACAUCUCACAAAUAUCUGAAUAACGCAGCCUUAGAGCCAGGCAUCGACUACGAGGUGAUAGGUAUACUGCGACAUUUAUACCACCUUAGAACGGCCAAACCUUAGAGCCAAAUUCUCAUUUAGUAGGUAGUUAGUCUCUGUAGUCUCUGUCGCUUGACGUAUUUGGAUUCUAAAACAAA